AACUCGUUUGCGUUACGGCUGGGAUUGGUUUUCUUUCUUGGCGUUUUAAUUUUGUCUACGAAAACCUAUUUUUAUGUGACCAAAACAAAAUAUAAAUCGGCAUCAAAUUUCGUAGCCGUAAUGAAUUGGCUGAGCGGUUCGCGUCCUGAAUCAUGUGUCGUUUUGAAUUGAUUAAAUAAAUGUAAAUAAUAAAACAAUGAGAGGUCGGUGUUAAGUGAUUUCUCCGCCCACUGCAAUCAUUAUGCGAUUAGUGAGACGGGAAUUGAGUGUUAAGUCGAUGCUGCGGGAUAUCUGAGGAUGUCUGGGGAAGGCGAGCGGGCGUCGCGCCCGAACUCGCUGGUGCUGGAGGCGCCACCCCCGGAGCGCGAGCCGCUGCACUUCGACGUGCAGCUGGUGGGAGCGCCGCCGGAGGUGGAGCAGCUCGUCAACAACAUCAAACAAGUCGCUGAAGACUUUCUAUAUCACUGGAAAACUUUUCCUAUUGUUCUCCCACCAUCCCGCUUCACCGGCGCCGGGAACCGACCUUCAGACAUCAUCGUAGCACCGCCAUGCGACGAACUGGACGCUGCAGCACUAGACGCGGGGGUAGAACCUCACCCCCUGUCGCCCAAGCAGUUGCACGCUAUACGCGAGAAGGGAGAGUUCGAGGUUCCUUCCCGCCAUUUCCCGGGUCAGACGCACGUUUGGCGUGUAGCUGGCUGGUUACAACGUGGCCGUGUGAGAGCUCGUGAAGAAUUGUACUGUCAUGUGGCGCGGGCUCUGGCCCUCAUUGUUGUCGUGGCUCGCGAUAGACUGCUGAGGGAUGAGCCACUGUCAGUUAUUGCUGGGGCCAAGUCUUUGCUUCAAGGAUUGCAUAGACUUCUGGAUCUGGCUUUUGGAAUGCCGUCUUUAGAAGCUCGCGACCUGGACAAGAAGAUAAGAGAAGAAAGGUCACGUUAUUUAGUAGCUGAGCUGAUAUGUAAGCCGGAGCAUCAAGAAGACAUAACAGCAUUAGCGGCGUGGGUGACGCGAGCGAUGCGUCGCGCGGCCGCCGAGAAGACUGACGCGCGAGAGCCGCCGCGCCCCGCGCCGCCCGUGCCCUGCCUCUACACCACGCCACAGAAGACACAGGUGGACUUACGCCUCUACAGACGCGAGUUAGUGCGUCGCGCGGCCAGCACGUUACAAGCGCUGUUGGAACGCGAGGCUCGCGGCUGGUUCCUACACUUUAGGGAGCGCCGAGCAGCACAGCUCGCCAGUCAGAAGAUGCCUAUGAAGGAUAUUGAAGAGGAGGUACGCGAAGCAGCAAUGCGUGAGUACGUGUCGCGAGUGUGCGCGGCGGUGCUGGCCAGCGAACCGCUUGCGGCGCUAGGACCUGACGUGCCCGCGCUGUUGGCGGCCCAGCUACGAGCCUCUGCUAUUGUUACCAGAGCCGAAGAAGGAGUCCGCAGAAAACUAGAAGCGAGCUUAGCAACCGCCGAAGCGCGAAUAUGUGCAAGCCACCCAAUCCUCUCCCGCGCCGACGCGUGGCGCAAGGAGAAGCUAGCCGCUGCAGCGCUGCGCUUGAAGAACGAGCUGCGCUGGAUGCCCAUGGAGGACGCCGCUGCAGCGAUGCAAGCGCACAAGCUGCAUCAGCAUCGGUACUUCUUGCUGAGGGAUCUAGCGUUCUUGAGGGAUCGGGAGCCGCUGCUUAUGAAGGAGCUGCGCAGCGCGGUAUCUCCUACGCGAUCAUUCACAUGGGCGCGUCGCAUCUGGCGACCAGCUCGCUGGGUCGUCACCCGCCACUUCCGAGGCCGCCGGGAGCGAGUGCCCACAGUACUGUCGACCAGAGCCACUUCUAUAGUGACGCCGCGGUCUGACCCCUCGCAGCCCGUGUUUCUGGUGUCCCGGGACCGCGCCCGCAGCACCAGCACGCGAUGGCCAGCCUGGCGACUGCUCAACCUCGCACACAGAGCGUGGUGCUGGUGUUGGAACAUAAUGUACGUGCUGGGAGUGCUGGUGCCGUGGUGCUCGCCGCUCUCGCUGCGGACGCUGCUCUGCGUCAAGCCCUUCGUACCGGACUAUGAGUUGUCGCAGGUAAACGGAACACUAUUCCCGAAGCGCAGCAGUGAGACGCAGACGAUGUGGUCGCGACUGCUCACUCUGUGGCGAUACGUGUCCAAGGAGAGGACGCGGUUCGAGACUGAACCUGAUACAGGUUUACUAGGCAAAGGCCUAUCCCGCUGCGCCCACCGCGUGUGGACAUACGGCAUCGUAGGCGGCGCCGGCUCUCUCCUACUCCUACUCCUACUGCCGUUACUAGUACUCCUAGCAUGCACCACGUGCGGGACGCUAGCUGUGCUAGCACCGCUGUGGGCGCCGCCACUGGCGCUGGCGACGCAUGCCACUAACGCUGUACUGUAUGACCUGGACUGUCCUGAUCCGGAUCGACUCAAUAGAUGGUUCGUCCUGCUAGAAGUAUUACUAUGGCGCGUGGGAGUGUUGGGCGUACUACAAAUUGUCGCCGCGUUGAUAUGCGCUCUGCUUUUAUGUCCGCUUGGCGCGUUACUAUUGCUCGUCGGCGGUGUGUCCUGGUGGGGAGUCCGCGGCGCGUGGGAGGCGGCGGCGUGGCGCGGCGUGCUGGCGCGCGGCGCCCGCGUGCCCGCGCACGACUCCGCCUUCUGCCGCCGCGUGCGCGGCCCGGGGCUGCACGCCACCACCUACUAUCAGCUCACGAGCGGUCAGGCGCUAGCAGCAGUGUGUGCUCGCGCGGAGCUAGAAGCGCUGGCCACGUGGCAAGCGGAACUCGAGCACGCUAUAGAGCGACCGCUCAGAGACUACGAGCAUUUCGUGCAAGCGUGCUUCGGACCAUUCUCUGUGCAGAUCGCUAAGACUGGAGCAUACAAACAACUGGAAAAGGAGUGUGGCUCACUAACAGCGACGUUACGUGAGAAAGUGAGCGCGCGACGCAGAGAGCUCGCGCUCGGCCUCAGUGACACAGCUCGCGCUAGAGUUAGACUUACCUCGCACGAUCUUAGACGCUGUGUGCAGGCGUGUGCACAGGAGCUGUCACGCGCGUGCGGCGGCGCGGCGCGCUCGGACGAGUGGUGGGCGGCGCGCGGGCUCGACGUCGCCGACUGGCAUGCGCUCGCUGCUAACACACUGGUAGAGGUAUGUACACAUGUGUGUACUGCACAGCGCCGUGCUGCGUGUGCACAGGAGCUGUCGGACGAGUGGUGGGCGGCGCGCGGGCUCGACGUCGCCGACUGGCAUGCGCUCGCUGCUAACACACUGGUAGAGGUAUGUACACAUGUGUGUACUGCACAGCGCCGUGCUGCGUGUGCACAGGAGCUGUCGGACGAGUGGUGGGCGGCGCGCGGGCUCGACGUCGCCGACUGGCAUGCGCUCGCUGCUAACACACUGGUAGAGGUAUGUACACAUGUGUGUACUGCACAGCGCCGUGCUGCGUGUGCACAGGAGCUGUCGGACGAGUGGUGGGCGGCGCGCGGGCUCGACGUCGCCGACUGGCAUGCGCUCGCUGCUAACACACUGGUAGAGGUAUGUACACAUGUGUGUACUGCACAGCGCCGUGCUGCGUGUGCACAGGAGCUGUCGGACGAGUGGUGGGCGGCGCGCGGGCUCGACGUCGCCGACUGGCAUGCGCUCGCUGCUAACACACUGGUAGAGGUAUGUACACAUGUGUGUACUGCACAGCGCCGUGCUGCGUGUGCACAGGAGCUGUCGGACGAGUGGUGGGCGGCGCGCGGGCUCGACGUCGCCGACUGGCAUGCGCUCGCUGCUAACACACUGGUAGAGGUAUGUACACAUGUGUGUACUGCACAGCGCCGUGCUGCGUGUGCACAGGAGCUGUCGGACGAGUGGUGGGCGGCGCGCGGGCUCGACGUCGCCGACUGGCAUGCGCUCGCUGCUAACACACUGGUAGAGGUAUGUACACAUGUGUGUACUGCACAGCGCCGUGCUGCGUGUGCACAGGAGCUGUCGGACGAGUGGUGGGCGGCGCGCGGGCUCGACGUCGCCGACUGGCAUGCGCUCGCUGCUAACACACUGGUAGAGGUAUGUACACAUGUGUGUACUGCACAGCGCCGUGCUGCGUGUGCACAGGAGCUGUCGGACGAGUGGUGGGCGGCGCGCGGGCUCGACGUCGCCGACUGGCAUGCGCUCGCUGCUAACACACUGGUAGAGGUAUGUACACAUGUGUGUACUGCACAGCGCCGUGCUGCGUGUGCACAGGAGCUGUCGGACGAGUGGUGGGCGGCGCGCGGGCUCGACGUCGCCGACUGGCAUGCGCUCGCUGCUAACACACUGGUAGAGGUAUGUACACAUGUGUGUACUGCACAGCGCCGUGCUGCGUGUGCACAGGAGCUGUCGGACGAGUGGUGGGCGGCGCGCGGGCUCGACGUCGCCGACUGGCAUGCGCUCGCUGCUAACACACUGGUAGAGGUGUUCGACGCGGAGGUGCUGGUGGCGCUGGAGGCGCGCGAGGCGCGGCUGGCGCUGGAGCGCGGCGAGGCGGAGCGCGCGUGGGCGGCGCGCUGCGGGCGCGACGCGGCGCCGCCCGACGUGCUCGCCGAGCGCGACGACUGGGGCGCCGCUACACCGUCAGGUGUGUGGUGUGAGUGGGGCGGUAGUGCCUUGCCCCGGGUGUCGCUGCCGACGCUGGAGGUGGUGGCGUUCAGCCCGAGAGCCCCGCUACACCCGCCCGUGCCGCACCCCGCCGCUGUAGCUCUCGUGCUGCACAACCGCGAGUCUGACAACCCAGUGCCGCUGGACUCGGAGCUGUGCGCCGAGAUACUGCGCAGUCUAGAGGACGCGCCCGACUGCGACGAUAAACAUGACUCGGUGGAGCGUUACCGCGGCGGCGGCAGCUCGGGCUCCAGCUCCGGCAGCGAGGGCUCGCCCGACGACGACGCGCACGACCUCGCGCCGCCGCCAGCGUUACCCACGCCUGACGACUCGCUCUGCAGGGUGGGCAGCGGCGCGAUGUGUCGCUGGACGCUGACGGGGCGCGGCGUGCGGCUGCGCGCGGACCUGGCGUCGCCCGAGGACGUCACGCUCGACACCGAGCGGCACCACGGCACCUCCGUCUGAACACAGCCUUACACUACACACGCGUAUGCCAGCUACGGCUGAACACAACCUACAGAAUAACUCAUUGUUAUAUUAAACGUGAACUUCAAAAAAAAAAAACACAUUUGAUCAAAUUGAAUGAUGUUGCAAAACCACACAUCAUAUCGACAAAUAACCUUGUAUAAAGACCAGACAAAAGAUUUUAAGGUAGGUGAACAGCUCGGUAUAAAAGAUACUCGAAUAUCCAUAAUGACAGCAUUCAAGUUACUGAAAAAAUAUGAAAUUAAGGCUUCAAAAGAAAUGUCCAAUUAGUAUUUGUUCCAAAUUAACAUAUAGGGACAUCUGCCCAAAAAUGUAGAAAAGAACUUUACAGACGUUUUAAUCAUCCAAAUACGUUCAAAAAUGAAUAAAUGAAUACAGGAUUAGCUCUCUAGUUGCAUCAACCAUUUUGUUUAAAUGAUUAUUACAAUUUGGUAUAGUGAGACGGUUUCACAAAAACAUGUAAUUAUUCCUUUUUUUUUCUUUAAAAGUUGCAGACUUGAGAUUAUUAGUUUAAGGUUUUUUUUUUUAUAUGGACGAUUUAAUACGUAGUCUAUAAGCAAGUACCGAAAUCAAUUUUGACAGAUUUUUAUGUUUAUUAUUUCAAAUAUUAAUGUUAAAUGUUGGCAGCUGAAUUUUAUUGUUAUAAGUAAAGUUAAAUCAUAAACUUUUGAAGUGGUUCUUUCGAUAAAUAUGAUGACAGACAGACAUGCACAUUGCACAUUUUGAUAGUCCCUCGUUAUUAUUUUAUUACCUCCCAGUGUAAAAAAUAGGUAGUGAUGUUAAUAUCCUAGGAAAGAGAUUUUCCGCCUAUAUUUACUUCGUAAAAAAGUAUAUGUAGCCAUGAAAACGAAACAACUAACCUAUACUGAUUUUUAAAUAUACUUAAACGAUAUUUUCAAAACAAUUAAUAAUUUUGUUCUUCUGUCAAAAAUAAUAAAAUAAUAAUUUUGAGUAAGAUUAAAGAUGGAGGGAUUUGUAGUUAAGUGUCAAUUAAAGUGUAUCGAUCUCAGACUGAGAAUGAGUAAAGAAAAUCUCAAAUAACGCUACUCAAAAUAAACUCAAAAACUACUAGGUAAGUAUUACUAAUAAACUGACUGUCUAAUGCCCGUUUUCACCAACAACCUCUUAUCGUUUCCCUAACUAAGUGUCACUUAGAAUAAGGGCUCCCCCUAUACUUAAAGGUUAUAAGGGACACCUAAACUUUGGUAAAAACGAAAUUCGUAUUAAGUGUUCCCUAAAUGCUCUUAGGGGAUCCCUAAAUUUUGGUAUUUGUUGGUGUAAAUAGGAAAAUAAUAACGGGACAAGGGGUUUAGUUAAUUUUGAGUAGCGGUAUAUAAAAUAAAUAUAUGAGAAUUGUAGGAAGUUUAUAAGCGCACAAAUCGUGUCGGAGAGUAUAAAGGUAAUCGAAUAUAGUAUUGUACACGGCGUCAUGCUAAAAUAAUGUAGAAUAACUCUAUUUGGAAAAUAUUAUGAGUAUGUUUGAGUUA